CGAGGUUUGCACAGGAUUGAUCGAUUUCCCUUUCUGGUGACUGGCAGUGUUGUUGGUUGGCGCACUUUUUCUUGGCGGGGCGCAGGCGCAGGGCGCGUCUCCGUAUGGGAAGGAAAAGGCGCCUGGGUAUAUAUAUACGGCCUCUGCUCUUUCCAUCGAUUCUUCAUUCCCCCAAUGUCCAGCUCUUCUGCCGCACCCUCCUCUCAGCCCAAAAAACAUCACUGUCUUAACUGCGACGCUUCUUUCUCCACCAACAGCCACUUGCGCCGCCAUGAACGAACCCAUACGGGCCAGAGGAACCACAAAUGCCCUUACUGUGAAGCAACCUCGGCGCGACAAGACAAUCUGAACGCGCAUAUUCAGUCGGUUCACAUCAAUCCGCAUCCCCGCCAACCGAGAGGCAGCGGCAGUCGUCGACGGGGGAGAAGCGUCGAUCCGGGCUCACCAGUCGACUCGUCAUCGUCCGGGAGUCCGAUCUCAGCUGGCAAUAGCCCUCAGAUGAUGAUCCCUUCUCCCCUUCCGCUAGUGCCCGCUCCAUAUUUCCCAGGCUCAACUGCAUAUUCAAGUCCGGCUGCUCCCACUCCUGUCACCCCAUAUGGCUAUCGCCAACAACAUGGCUCGUACGUCCCACAAGGGCAUCAAGCUGGGUCAUCUUCCGUUUAUGCCAACCCCAAUUCUCCUUACGGCAAUCCGGCCCACCCCCAAACCGCAUCGUACGCGCCUACUGCUCCCCCUCCGAUGUACGGCAAUCCGAACACCAGCUAUGGCCACAACAACGUUAACAGCACUUCUGGAUACACCUCUGGCACUCCAUACUACCCACCGCCUCCAUAG